AUUAUGAGAAUACGAAGUACAUGACGAAAAUAUCACUCUUCACAGAUUCACCGUCCUUAGUCCUUUAGUGGUUGCUCGUGAAUGAAAGCAGGUAAGAUCAGGAAAAUUCGCUCGAUUUUGUUCUAUUAUCAGCCGCUCCGGGAACCGAGCGAGCGAUGGUAAUCGAACCUGAACAGCGCGCUGGUACUACAAGAAAAAACAAACGUGUUUGGCAUUAUCCUCAGGUCAACGGCAUUUUGGUUUUUGUAUUCCUUGUAAUACAAAUGUAGAUGGGAGCUGCAUCUAUUCAAGGGGUUCUCUCGCAAUUUGCUUCGAUUUGUUCUCGGCUUAAAUUGUUUCUCUACUUCCAUUCCAAUGUUAGAUUUCGAUAUCUACAGAUUACAUGCUCUUAUGUUCAACAAGACAUAUUGACUUGCGGGGUAUCUCACUCAGAAGUACUCAGACUGACACAUGAAUUCCAGUUGUCAGAACUGAUAUGCGUCGCAUAGCUAUCCAUACCACAACUUUGUUUUGUUUUAUAAACAAGAAUCCCAGAUGUGGUCUCAGAAAUUGAAUCCAAUGGUUAUACCCACUUGGAAGCGCUGAUCUUCCAUACAUAAAAAUAUAGAAAAAGGUUAGACAUCAUGAAUUUCUUAUGAUCUCACCCGAGUUUUAUUGUGCAGUAAUUUGCAUUUUUAGGAUGUGUUGUGACGAAUUGUAUUUAUUUAUGAAAACUUUCGAUCCGUCAUUUUUGUCAAAAAUGGCGGCGAUACAAAGACUAGGGAUUAAGCGUUUCGGAUCGAGUUACUAUGUGCAUUUUUGCUCUCGUUCCAACUUCGCUCAGAAACGCUUGCUACGUAGGCUGCCCGUGGAUGGGAUUUACUCAAAGACCUUCAUGGAGCAGAUGUAGCCAGCGUUUAAAAAAAAAGAAACGGAUGGAAAUUUUGGCAAUAAUUUUGUUUUAGCUCCUGUGUGCAACGACCGCGACCGCGUACAAUAAUUUGCUGUUUUCCUUAGUUCCCUGGAAACGCAGGAUAAACUUGUUUUCCUUGGACAAUUCAAGCUGAGCAGAGGAAGUGAGAACCUAUCUUGUGGUGUGCUUUUGUUAAGAUCACAGGGCACAUGAUUUCUUCGUGACAAAAAUAGUGAAAACCGAGGAUGGAUUAUUUUCAUAUCUUUUGUUAAUUUUCGGCUUUGUAUAUAGACUUAUGAGACUUUCUUUCAUGUUUUGACACGUCUGAAUCUUUUGCGAAAGAAUACGAUCCUUUUAAGCUCUUUUAGACAACGUUUGUCGCUUAUCAAAAGUGAGUUGUCAUUAAAAACUUCGGAGCAAAAUGCAAAAUGCAACAACAACAAAAACAAAAAUAAUAAUAAAAAAAUGCCGUUGAGACCAAAAGAAAUUUUCUGAUUUCGUUUAUACCGUGGAAGAGUUUUGGGGCUCUUCACACUUGUUGGCUACGGUAUCUUGACAAUCUUGUUCAGGCCUUCUGCAGACUGCGUGACAGGCGCAAAAAGGGGAGGGGGAAAGGGAAGGGAGCGCCGUCCCUCACCCUCAGUCCCCAAUCACCCUCCCCUUUCCCCUUCCUCCCAAUCCCCUACCCCUUUCGACGCCUGCUACGCAGGCUACCCUUGUGUACCCAAAUCAGCACGAAAACGCUGUGUUCACACCAAUGGCUGGCGAGUACCGUACUUGAUCACUGUGCAUGUUCACGAAGCGUAAAAGCCGCUGCCUUAGUCUUAAACAUACAUUUCAAAUACACUGUGAAAACGAAAGGAAAUAGAAUGUUGGAAGAUUUGGCAUUUGGAAUGUUUUUCACGAGUCUUUGCCGAACGAUAACCGCAAGUUCGCGAUGAAACUUUGCUGUAUCGUACUUGACCUAAAUUUCGAGGACUGUUUGGGUAGAUCUCUCUACAGAAUUAACUUUCGUUUCCGUAGAGAUUUGUUACAAAUAAAUAUCGAACGAGCGUUAUUUUGGGGAGACGACCUUUUCUAUGAAUGAAGUGCGCCUGACGAAAAUCCGAGGACACAGGACAAAGCCUGUAAUAGUACAACUAGCUUAACUGGCCGGCCUUUCGGUAUCUACUUGAAACAGAUAUUUAAUUCAGUUAGAAAAAAAAAAAAAAACGAUCUGUAGCUGUCCAUUAACCUUGCUGAAGUCAAAAGUGCAUUUGUUCACGCUAUUUAAGAAGAGAUUUCAAACCUGCCUUUGUGAACUUGUAGCAAUGAUUAUAACCAAUUUUUUUUACACCGCCUUUGACUUAAUACAUUCUCUUGAUUUGUAAGCAGUCAUUAAACUUCUACCUUCAACCAUGAGAAGGAGGGGGAGAGGAGCAAAUAUUUUCCCCACAUGACUUUGCUUGAUUUGUUUGUGUUCUAGGAAAAAUGCCUCUCACUGCGGAUGAAAUUUUAGAAGAAGUUGGUAGUUUUGGUUGGUUCCAAAAACGACUCCUUAUUCUUUUCAACGUACUUUCCUCUCUUCUCUUUGGUUGGGCUGUAAUGGUGACAGGUAUCAUAACGGCGGAACCCCCCUGGAAAUGCGUACAGAACAGCACAGCUUGUGCAUUUGACGGGGAGUUUAGUCCAGGCGAUGACAACUAUGACCACCGGUGUAACAUCUCGAGAAAAGAUUGGAAAUUUGUGGAUGACUUCACUACCGUUGUCACGGAGGUAAAAAGAAGGAUAUAGAGGCUGAUUUGCAUUUGUAUUGUGGUGAAUUUUUAAAAAUUUUCUUUUUCUUUUUUUAUGGAGUUUCAUGGUAAUGAAUUUUAAACACAAACUACCCUGCAAGUAGAGACUUCUUUUAGCUUUUGUCCUCUACACUGAAGAAGAGAAAGGGAGGCUGGCUCUGCCUGAAUCGUGUCAAGCCUUUGAAAUCGCCUCAGCCCGCCUUCUGGACUAGUCAGUCUCGUUAUCCCUCGUCAAACUGGUUUUUCUGGGGCGGGCUUCCGUUCACUGAUUGAUAAACCAAUUGUCAUAACUGAACCCGUUAUUCCAAGGGCACGGCUAUUAGGCGUGGGUCCGAAAUUGUAUCCUAGCAACAUACAGCGUAUUCUCAAGUACGAGCAAGCGAAAGAAAGGUUCUGCUGGCAGGGUGAAUUAAGACGUGAUAGAACCUGACUAAGACAUUUUUUCCAAUCAGAUCACUUACAACGAGAGAUUGGCUGGAAUAUAUUUAAGAGUAUAAAACGAAGAGAGUGUAAUUGCUUAUGGAAAAGGUACUAUUACAAAAAAAAUACUCUACCCCGAAAUUUUCCAAACCACCAAAGUCAAGUUUUGAACAAGCUGCUUUUUCCUCCUCUGCGCAAGUUAGCUUUUGGUAUUUCUUUUUCUCUGUUAUUUGCUGAUAACUUUGCGUUCUUCCUUUUUACAGUUCGAUCUGGUUUGUAGCGAAUCAAUUUAUGGAACCUUAGCUGUAGCUGCCGUGUUCCUUGGUUUCUUUUUCGGUGCCAUAAUCAUUGGUCCUUUUACAGAUAAGUUUGGACGAAAGCCAACCAUUUUCAUCUCUGGGUUUUUCAUCGCUGUCUUUAGUCUGGCAUCUUCAUUCCCCAAAAUCUUUUCUCUCUUUGUUGUGUUCAAGAUUAUCGUGGGCCUUGGUGUGGGUAAGAAGUUUUUUCAAUAAUUUAAACUUUUUUCUUACAAUUCUCAGCCUCGGCUCAUCAUAGGCGUUUUUAGGGGAGCUCGUAUUUCGUCCCUCCCCACAAACGGAAAUACGAGCUCCCCUAAGAACGCCUGCGAAGGAGGCUAUACAACUCAUGGAAAGCUACUGAACUCAUUAUUUAAAGGACCGUUUCAUUUUAUUCCGCCUGUUGUUUAUACUGUUAGCCUUUAGUUUUACAUGAACUCUUAUCAGAAACUCAAAUGAAGAAUGAUACCCGCAGUUGUGAACGAAAUUGAUGCAAUUGCGUAGGAAGCCUGAAGAAAAUUCAGGGCAUUAACGGGAAUUUAACCCGUUACCUCGCGAUACUGGUGCGAUGCUCUAACCAACUGAGCUUUGAAGCCACUGAUGUUGUGAGCUAGUCAGUUAUGUGUUCAUAUGUUCCCGUGAAAGAGAUGGAUGUGAUAGAUGUAUAUGGAAUAAGCAAUAAUCAACUUAUUAUUAUUAUUACAUCACACGCAAAAAGCGACAAAUACGUAGCAGUUAGAUUGGCGUGCAUAUUAUACUUUAAAAUUAUUGCCUGAAGCUGAAUAUGAUGCAAAGAACUGUACAGAUGGAGAAGGAUGUUAUAAUUUCGACCGCGGUGGAUAACAGGCUCCGAGAUCUGAAUAAUUAAUCGGAUCAGAAAUUCAGUGAUUUUUUUAUCGUUCAUUCAAAAUAUUUAAAAAUAAUCGUUGCCUGGGGGAAAUCCUGGUUAUGAAGAAUUAGCCGGAGGAUUAAAGCCAAUCAGAACGGUGAAGUAUUUUGUAUGAAUAAUAAUUCUUUUUUUUUUCAACAGGUGGAGCGAGCGUCGCCAUAUUUGUUCUUGUGACAGAAUUUGUCGGUGUCCGACAUCGCAGUAUGAUGGGUAUGUCCCUUUGGUACUGCUGGAGCAUUUCUCUCAUGGCAUUAGCUGGAUUGGGUUACCUCAUUAGAGACUGGAGAAUGCUAAGUAUUGCCACAUCGGUUCCUGGAAUUCCCGCAUUGCUUGGGUGGUUGUAAGUGUAGAAGCCAUUCACAAAAGUUAGAAAGAUUUCCGUCUUGUAACGUGCUUUUCUUUUACAUUACUUCUGAUUUUUCUUUACGUUGACAGUCUGACCCCUGAAUCUGUACGCUGGUUGAUGAUAAAAGGGAAAACCGAGCAAGCUAAGGAAAUUUUCCGAAAUAUAGCAAAAGUGAACAAAAUGCCCAUGUCCGAUAUGGAUCUAAAACCUCCAGAAGAUGAUCAGCGUUUGGGCGAUGUUCGCGAACUUUUUGCUACACGCAAAAUGGUUCAAAAAACACUUUUGUCUUGGUACUGCUGGUAAGUUUGGAUGCAGUUUUUCGGCUACACUUUUUCAUUGCCUUCUUGAAUGAGUAUAUAAGUUACAUUCUACUCUGUACUUUCUUUGGUCUUUAUUACAACCAUUUAAUACUCUCAUGAUGUUUUAAACCAGAUUGACUAGUGUUCGGCGAGUUCGUAGGCCUCCCUCGUGUUUAUCUCUACUGGCGCAUUACGGUCGGGGUACUCCGGUUUUCCAAAUUCCAGUUUGAUCAGAAAUUAGAAAAGAACUAGUUGAUCGUACUGCCACUAAAUCGUUACUUAUUUUGAAAUUUUAGCGUCUGGCAAAUCAAAUCAGAUUACUGGAAGAUAAGGGAGACAUUUUAUAUCCAAGAUGUUAAGCAAGCUUUUAUUGUCAACGUCACCAGCGAAAAACUGUUGCUUUAUUUUGUUGCCUUUUAUAUUCACCGUUUGGUCUCAUUUCCAGACCCCUUGUCAAAUUUGUAACGGUCACUUUUGAUCGCUUUUGAAAAAAAAGGUUGACUAGGAAAAAUACGAAACGUCAAGUUUAUAUAAAAAUGCGAUAGUUCACAAUGUUUAUCACCACUGGUUGUGUUUAAUUUUCGAUGAAAUUGUUAUUUAUUGACUUUUAUUCAUUCAUUCAUUAUUUACUUAUGUUGCUUACAGGUUUGUCAAUGCUCUGGUUUAUUACGGUGUUUUCCUAAGCGCGCCUUCUAUUGGAGGAAAUUUCUUCUUGAAUUUUUUUCUCACAAGUUUGAUCGAGCUCCCAGCUAUACCAUUAGGCGUUUGGCUCUUUAACAGGUUUGUUCUAACUAUCAUCAUACUCUUCAUCUUUUAAACAUUUUUUCGCGAUCAAAGAAUCCUGAAGCGCUUUAACAGGUUUUCCUUGACCAUAUUUUAGGACUCAACAUGUGAACAUUUAUUGAAAGUGGUUCUACUAAAAAGAAAGAAAUUUUCAACCUUUUAUCCAACCUAAGCCUUUCGUAUGCUUAUCCCUUUCCCUUACCAUUGGACUACCACAACGAUCCGCGACAACUCCAAAGAAGUUGUUGAUUAGUACAUAUAAUGAUUUACUGUUUUUCAUAAGUGAUAACGUCGAAAAAAAGUUAUCUCUAGUCUUUUGUGGAAAUUUUUUUAAAUGUAAAUUUUGGGCUUAAAUUUCGCAUCGCACAGAAUUUGACCUUCCUCGGUGACAUCCACAACAGGGGUCCGGGUUCUAGUCUCACAGUCCGCCAUGUUGCCUACUCAAAACCAGGCCUAUCCAAAAGGAAGACCUUAGAUAACAACAUAAUCUCAACCACGUUGUAUUGUAGCGUCCAGCAGUUUUAGUGAAAACAAGGGUCUGGGCGUGGUGCUCAGUCUCGCGGGCUCAUAAAACCUGGUCUCGGUCAUUGUUAAAAAGGAUUCUCUAUCCAAAAUGAGUUAAAAAGAGCCCUAGUAACUACAUUUAAUGUUGUUAUGGUGACUUUGCUUGGAUUUUAAAAUGGCGGUAAAAAAUUAAGUUUAUCGUGGAGGAAAAAGUGCGGCUAUUUGGCCGCUAUUUCCACAGUACGUUUCGUACAAUCAACCGGGAAUAGCGAGAAAAUUCCAAGUUUAAAAUGUUAGCGGUUAGAGGUAUUAUCCCAAAGGUAUGUUUCAAUAGUUUACUGUUUAUUUACACACUCGAGUUGAUCUUCAUUAUCAGCUUCCUCACUUUUACGUAGUGUCCUUGAUUUUUGUUUAAGUGGUUGAGAAGUUCGUCUGCCGCUAAGUUCCACAGAUUUUGAGCCUUUCGUGGGCACGUUUUUGACUGCAAAAAGUCUUUGGAUCCGCUGCUGGAAUUUUAGAGCCUUAUCGACAGUUAGUUGACCUCUGUGAUGGAUGUGAUUUAUGCUUGCGCACUUUUUGAUCAGCAAUCACCAGAGGCAUCGAUCGAUAAAAAUGGCUGUGUUAAUUGUGAGUUUUCGCGUUUUUCUUUUAAGUUUCUGUUCGAAAAGCCAUGGCCGUGAUAAACUGACAGCUGCUGGAGAGACUGGAUGUAAUUUCUAAGAGUUCUGAGCUGUCGCGAGUUUCUGUGCGAUGGUUCCUUCUAACAAUCAUCUGCAGCACGUAUUGGAUUACGUAUUGUUUAAAAAACGUCAAUAUGUUGUGCUUUAUACCUUAAGCCAGCAAACCAAAAGAAUAAAAGUAAAAUUAAGGAAAGUUAUUCCUGUUACCUGUAGAUUUGGAAGGAAGAAAAGCAUUAUUGCGUGUUUGAUCUUAGCUGCGUUUUCAUCAUUUGGAUCCGUUCUUAUAGCAAGCGAGGACAAUACUAGUAAAGGUAGGAGUAACUUUAAAGGCUGUUUACGUGGUGGGAGGAAGAUUCUAGUACCGAGAAGAUUCUAGAAGGCGAAACAACUUUUCGUUGGGUCUACAUGCAGAAAUUUCGGUCCGUGUGGUUAACAGUAGAGAAGGAAUUUAAGAUUAAAGAUAACCCAUUGAACGACCUGCCGCCGUUUUUGUUCUGUUUGUCCCUAGUACUAGGAUCUUCCUAGCGAGGGCAGUUUACAUGGUGCUAGGAUCUUGCUAACGCUAGGGACAAGUACAGCUUUUGCAUGUAAACUGAAUACAGAAAACAUAUGUUGCUAGGAUGAUCCGCCUUCUAGCAUCUUCCUGGUGCUAGGACCACCCUCUCUCCAUGUAAACAGCCCCUUAGUUUUAUCAUAAAACAUGAUGGCUUUAAUACAGCCAGGAUUUUUGAAAAAAUAAUUAAAUGAUUAAUGAUUAGUCGUGUUAACCGGCAUAUUCAUAUAAACGGAAGAAAACAAAAACAUGGGACAUGGUGACCGCGGAAUGCUAUAAACAUAGCUAAUAUAUAGAUUUAGCCAGGGCUAAAAGCGAAGCUCUCGAUAAUAUUUAUAUUUGGUUCAAACAAAAUAUAAAAUCGUGUAAUGCUAAGCGGCGAAGGCAACGCCGGAGAAUGGUGAAAAACAACAAUAGGUCUAAUUAACUAACAGCUAAUUAACUUUUUUUGUACAUUUCUUUGCCGUUGUUUUGCACGACUGCAACGUGAAACUUCCAGAAACUUCUUAGUUACACGUUUUAUAGACUGAAAUGUCGUACGUUUUCUCGUUCACUGUUUUUUCACUGCCGCUCACUUUCACCUUUCAUUGGUGGCCGCUAGCAUUUCUCAUUUUGUCACCACCGCUACAAAAUUGUCAUGUUGUUCUUCCAACAAAAAAGUGUCUCCUUUGUUUUUUAUCUCUCGCUCUAGAUCUCUGUCGCCCUUUAUCUCGUUGACCUUCGCUGGCCUGCCGCCCACUUUCUCUUUUUCUCUGUCUUUCUCUUGUUCUAUAUUCCAAAUUUGUGGACAUGACAAUUAAUCUAAGCUUAAUACUUUACAAAACACGGAUACAGAAAAACUUUCCGCUUUCCGUUUUCGUCUUUAUUGACUCUUUAGUUGUCUCUGCUCACAAGACGCGGGUGGCUAUGCGAUUUCCCGUCAAAAUAACCUCGAGUUACAUUUGGGUUGCCAUACCUUUUGAAUGAGUUAUUUUACAUUGGUAUGCCUGUGGUGCGGACGGACGGUUGGGCGGUCGGUCGGUCGGUGUACGGUCACGUGAAUACCAAAUUUUCUCGGAUGGGUAGUUUACCACAUUUUCUUACCCACGGUGCUCCGCUGCGCGCGCGCGAGAGCUCCGCUAAGAAUCAUUAUUUUGCGCUAAAGGAAAUCUAUUUACUUGUCUGCCGCCUGGCAUAUCAUUAGCAUCGGAUGAUAUUUAAUUUAAGAGAAAAAAAAUAUAAGAAAGGUUGCCUUAUCCAAUGAAUUUGUUUACACGUAUGUUUGUUUGUUUGUUUUUUUUUGUUUUGUAGGUGCACUUGCUGGCAAAAUAAUACUGUCCAUGAUUUUAGCCAAGUUGUUCAUUACCAUCUCCUUUGAUGGAGUGUAUCUUUACACCGUGGAACUAUUUCCAACUUCUGUAAGGUAUUUAUAUUAGACUGUACAUAUUAUCAAGGGUUUGCGAGACAUAUUUCCAGUUUUAUGUCUGUACACUUUGAAUGGUCACCCUUGGAUAUAAAGACACGCUGUACUGUCGCACUUUGUAAUAAUCGUCGCACUUUGUAAUACCUGUCGCACUUUGUAAUAAAAUUGUCACACUUUGUAAUAACUGUCGCACUUUGUAAUAACCCUUGUCGCACUUUGUAAUAAAAAAGCUGUCGCACUUUGUAAUAACAGACCAUCGCACUUUGUAAUAAAAAAAGCUGUCGCACUUUGUAAUAACACUUGUCGCACUUUGUAAUAAAUUGAAAUAGAUGGUAAAAACUUGCAACCUUUGAAACCUUUGAAAACCUUUUACAUAUUGCUCCAUUGAGGAGAACUCUUUCAGGGAUCUUACAGUUUAAAAUUUGAACCAUGAUAUAGCUUAUAUAUAGCGGACCAAGAUUCGGCUCUGUACAGUUUAUGUUCAGCAAGGGAAAAUUGUGUAAGUUGAGCAGAACCUUUAAAAUGUACAACAGACAGGGGCACCCAACGACAAUUUUCGGAAAAAUAUCUGUUCGGAGGACGAUUUGAGAUCUAGAAUUUUUGGAACAUUUGUUGUAAAAUUUCUUGCUUGCCUGCCUCUCCUAGGAUUUUCGAACAUCUAAGAAAUGGUAUAAUUGCCUAUUUUUAACGAAUUUUUACCCUAAAAGGUCACCUAGAAUUUUCGGGAGCCUUUUUCUGGCUGAAAUUUUCGAAAAGGCGAGUUUUGAUCCCUAUAAUUUUCGGAUCACUAGACUUUCAGCUAGGAAAUCCGAACAGAUGAAAAAAAUUUUUAGGGAUAAAAAUAUGCCUUUAUCUACCUUUUAAAUACUAAAAUACGUUUAACAAUGCUUUGUUUAAGUGGUUUUGAACUAUAUUCUCGUUGGGUGCCCCUGAACAGACAAUUUGUUCAGUUCGCGCGUAUUCCUGUUGAAUUUGUGGCCCGUUUAUGAGAUUUGUCAACUCAAAAAUACGUGAGAAAAUGCGAGGGGUGACAGGCUGCACAUCUAUACCGGCGUGAAACCUUGUGUAAGCCUUCUAUAUUUUAGCUCUAACGAGCAUGUCCUUUAGGGAUUUUCCUUUCUUGUAGGAAAUGAUAGGUGGUUCUUUGAAAAUUUGGCGAAGUAACGGUUGGUUUUGUAUAAGAUUCCAGUUUUUCAUUAAUAAUUCUUUUAAAGUAGACGCUGAGGGCUGAUACUGUGUCACGAAAGGCAAUAUUUCUUUUUCCUCUUUGUUGUUGUGUUUCAGGAGAGCAGACUCCCUCUCUGUGAACUUUAUGUCUAAUAGAAGGUUUUCUAUCAUAGUUUGUGGGUAGCCUCUGUCAAUCAAGCGUUUUUUGAAAUUUGAAAUAUUUUCCUCAAACGUAGUUUUUGGGGAGUUUGUUCGUAGCAUUCUCAAGGCUUCUCCUUUGACAAAUCCUUUUUUAAGACUCGGCGGGUGACAAGAGGUGAAAUGUGUGUACUGGAAGGUUUCCGUUUUUUAAAAUGUGUCUUUACAUCAAGGAUAGAUUUUUCCUUGAAGCUUUUGCCUUUGUAUACGACCGUGUCUAAAAACACAGUCUCAGUGUCAGAUAUUUCGGCCGUGAAUUUGAUAGUUGGGUGAUGUUUGAUGUAAGUUCGCUUGGUCGAUGAAGGCUUCGAUGUCUGGUUUACUGAUGUCCCAUAGGCAAAAGAUAUCGCCAAUGCAGCGUUUCCAAACUGUAGGCUUAAAAACGAUUCGCUUAGAAUUGUUGUUUCAAUAUGUGCCAUAAAAAUAUUGGCAAAAGAAACUGCUGUCUUUGUACCCAUCGCAGUGCCAUGGGUUUGUAGGUAGUGUUUUCCAUUGAACUGGAAAGAAUUUUCUUUGAGGAUUAGUCUAAGCAUUUCCCGCAGGUAAUGUGUAGGAAUAGGAGAGUUGUCUUUGUAGAAGUUCACUUCAUAUGCUUUGCAGACAAUUUCAAUGCCCUCGUUUUGUGGUAUAUUUGUGUAAAGACUACUAUUACGGGUUGUUCUCUGAGUUUGUGAUUUUCAUUUGGUUUUAUGAAAUCAGUUUGGCUUAUUCAUGGUAAUAAACACAAAUCAAGUAAUAUCUCUGUUUAUGUCACAAGUAAUACCUCGCAGGUAACGAAAUUAUAGGUUUUCUAGUUGCCUGUGCUAGUAGUAAAACUUUAAAAAUAUUUUGCUUAUACGAUCACGUUUCGCCUAACAAUUAAAUGAAAUUCCAAUACGAACUCCCUUUUUAAAUGACUCUCCCUGUCAUAGGCGUAGACACUUUCUCUCUAUCGAGGUCGUCCGCAUAUAAAGAGUUGUACUUCCCUAGAAAGAUCUUGAAGCCAGAAGUUGAUGUGAACACUUAUUAUUAUUAUUAUUAUUUUCGUUGUUGAUGUUGUCGAUGAUGACGCUAUUACUGGGUUUACUUGUCCUCCGACCAUCUAUUUCAAGUUUAUUACAAGUGUUAUUACAAAGUGCGACAGCUUUUUUUAUUACAAAGUGCGAUGGUCUGUUAUUACAAAGUGCGACAGCUUUUUUAUUACAAAGUGCGACAAGGGUUAUUACAAAGUGCGACAGGUAUUACAAAGUGUGACAAUUUUAUUACAAAGUGUGACAAUUUUAUUACAAAGUGCGACAGGUAUUACAAAGUGCGACGAUUAUUACAAAGUGCGACAGUACACACGCACAACAAGAACACGUCGAUCGGACGAUAGUUUCUGAAUCCAGAUGUGAUAUCUGCAUUUAAUCAUUUUUUUUGUUAACAAAAAGGUCUGUUACAAGGCGCGAGCAUGCGAUAACUUCGAAUAAGCAUUCGUUUAAUGGUUUUUAUUAGUAUUUUACAAGCAAUUACUAUAGCACUUUAUUCAGUUUGUAGGGGUUAGUGGUGGUGGUUGGUGAGUUGAAUGGAAUAUUAUGGGAGGUUCUCAAAGGUAGUAAAAUAUUUUUUUUCUUUAAGCUAAAUUGAAGUAUUGUCAAGGACUAGAUGGCUUUUCUUUAGCAAAGUAUAAGUUUCCCUUGACCGAUGUACGGUUUACGAAAAAAAACGAGGGCAACAUUAGGGCAACGAAACGUUUCACGAAACUCUAAGUAUGCGCCAAUGAAUUUUUAAGCAAAACCUGUACCGAUCGAGAUUUUGAAAAAGCUUUGCGGCCAGUUGAAAAUUUUAUACUGAAAAAGCUUUAGGAAUGGGUAUUUAAAAGUAAUAAUAAGUAAUAAUAUUUAUAACAUUUGACUACAGAAACAUUGGUGUUGGAACAUCCUCAGCUGCUGCACGCAUUGGCUCGCUCUGUUCUCCUUUCAUUGUGUAUACUGUAAGUAAUUUAAUGUGUAUUUAAUAAUGCUAUGAUUACCAGUAGGGCGCUCCAUUCCUGGGGCAUUAACUCGGCUUAUACGUACGCACCCCCAUACUUUUAGGACCAUUUGGGAUUGUUUGAUGAUAAUAUUUUUAAGCUCUUUGUUGUGAAAUGAGAAAAAUCAUAGUAUUAUUCUGCGUGAGAGAAAAUUAAGAGUUAGGAAAACUUUGUAGGCACCAUUUAAAUAUAAAAGAGGUAAUUCUGAGUAAAACUAGGUUUUGUUUGAACUAUCCAGUGAGGAUGGUGAGUCAAAAUUCCAAAUCAUUCACUGCUAUUUUCAAACCCUCCAUAUCUGCUAGGAUGAUAAAUCAUUCCAUUGUUACCUGACGUGUGUGUAAUUUGUCUUUGUAGAAUCGUGUUCAUCAGUUGCUGCCAUUCGCUAUCAUGGGAAUCAAUGCUUUGCUUGCGGGUAUACUUUGUAUGACUCUCCCGGAAACAAAACUUCAACCGACUCUUGAAACUGUGGACAAAGAACCUCCUGAAGAAGAACUGAGCCAAAUGGUUGGAACAGCAAAUGCUUGACCCUCUUAUUCGCAGUGCCAAAGGAAAUAUUUGAAAUUGCAUUUUUGUUUGUUAUUGGAAAAGAAAUAUUACCGUGUGAAAGAACCACUAAAUUCUGUUGUCAGUAUUCCAGCAAUGAAACUUUGCUUGUAUGUUUCGGCGAGGUUAAUUUUCGUUGUGGUUACUCGCAGGUCCUACCCGGACUUGAAUCUCGUCCGCUCAUCUACUUCAUAACAGUGUGCAGUACUGCUUUUAGUUUUGGCACUACAGUCAUGCAACCACUUUAUCAACUUUUUACUCUUUCGCUUUGGCUACUGUUGUACCAGCAAAUACCAGGACCACUAUACUUUAAAUAAUAUAUCUUCAUUUAUCUACUUAAUUAUCGUUACUGUUUGCAUUUGGCAUGUAAAGUUUAUACUAAUGCAAAUUUCUGACCUAUUCCGUUCAGUGUAAUUCCGCCAUCAGUCCGCUAGAAGGAAGCAGUCAGAUAUUACAUCUAUGGCUAAUACGAUUAAUCAAGUGGUUGUUGGCUGAGAAAUGUACGCAAAAAUCCUAAUGACGUAAACUGCCGCGUUUAAGCACUUCCCUCAGUUAUAGGAAACACCCACUGUAAACAAAAAUACAUCCCAUUAUAAGCCCCC